AUGGCUACAGCUAACAAAAUGUUUCAGUUAGAAACAACAUCAAUUAUGGCCGUUGUUGUCGAGACGGCAAUGACAGAAAUUAGCAAUUUUUUUCCCACCGUGCCAAACUCUUACGUUUGCAAUCCGGAGAGAGAGGUGAGUACAGAGUGACGGACGGAGUUGAGCUAACAACUGCGUCAAAAAUGUUUUAUAAGUAACCCAAUUAUACAUCCGGUAAAAUAUCUGGCUCAUUGUUCUAUCUGUGGCAACGUACUGUUAACGCGUAACUUUAUCUAACUAACUAGCUAAAUAUACGUUGUCUAGUAGUUUAUCCAACCACUAUGAUAAUAUUUGGUGUAACUAUGGCUAAGUUAGCUAGCUUCCUGCAAUUUCCUUAGUUAGUUAGGUAGCUAGCUAACGUUACUUACUGCUAUCCCGUAGCUAAGCGUGUUAACUUAGUGGUUUCGCAUCAUUUUCUUUGCAGCAUAGCUUGCAGCACAGAUAACUAGUUAACUAUUUAGGUAACAUUUAUUUUAAAUUUUUCUACACAGCUUUGCAUCAUAAUGAAUCUGGUGACAGGGGAGGCUAUUCGUAAAAUUUGCCAACUAUUCCUGGUGGCCUCCUCAAGUUUACAAAAUGAGAACGAGAAACUAAAAACCAAGGUGGAGCAGAUGGAGGAAGAUAUGAAGACCAAGGUGGAGCAGAUGAAUGAAGAUAUGAAGACCAAGGUGGAGCAGAUGAAUGAAGAUAUGAAGGCAAUGACUGAGAAGGCUGAACAUUAUAGAACGUCACUGGCUAAAAUGCAGGCUCAAGCAGAACCGAAGGGACCCACGCAUAUUCUGCUCAAUGGAAUGAUUUUUGCAAUACCACCAGUUGGUAAGUGUUAUAGACUUAGCUAGCUAGCCUUUACUUACUGCCUAAACAUUAUCUAUAACUAGCACGUUAGCUAUUGGGAUGAUUUUGCCUACUGAUUAUUAUUAUUUUAAAAAAUCAAUUUAGGCCUAAAUCACACAAUUUUGUGGAAAGAAAUGGAAAGGUGAGAGUUGUGAGCCUCCUGAGUGGCACAGUGGUCUAAGGCGCCGCAUCGCAGUGCUAACUGUGCCACUAGAGAUCCUGGUUCGAAUCCAGGCUCUGUCGCAGCCGGCCGCGACCGGGAGACUCAUGGGCGGCGCACAAUUGGCCCAGCGUCGUCCAGGGUAGGGGAGGGAAUGGCCGGCAGGGAUGUAGCUCAGUUGAUAGAGCAUGGCGUUUGCAACGCCAGGGUUGUGGGUUCGAUUCCCAUAGGGGGCCAGUAUAAAAAAUAAAAAAAAUGUAUUCACUAACUGUAAGUCGCUCUGGAUAAGAGCGUCUGCUAAAUGACUAAAAUGUAAAUGUAAAAUGUGAAUGUGUUUGAAAGGUAAUUAUGCUUGUUAUGUUUUAGGUCUCCCAAUGUUGCCUGUAAUGACAGCGGCUUCAACAUUGCCAGGGAAUGUCAGUCAAGCAAACACUGUCACUAACGCGACCUCAGUCUGUGCAGGUAAUCCUUAUUUUGAACAAUGGUUAGCAAACCUAGGUCUUAUUCACUAAGAACCAAACGGAAGCAAAUGGGCCAAAACAGGGGUGGGCAUAGGCGGCCAGUAAGUUCAGUUUAGGGAAGCUAUUUUCACAUUUUAGGGACUAAUGUAAGAUGGCCUACUAUUCCUAAUGUGAUGAGUAGAUUGGAUAUAGAGGUCUUCACGGCUCCACCUGCCUGAGACCAGAUCCUGGACCCGAGUGGGUCCGGAUCCAGAAUUCCAAAUAAUGUCUGGGUUGGAUCUGAUGAUUGUCUCGGGUAUGUGUAAUUUGAACUGACUUGUCCGGAAGGGCCCAUACAGAUCCGAACGUGACUGCUGCAGGAAAGAGAGAAGUGUUAUCAUUUAUGCUGCUGCUCUUGUUUUUCAUGAGAGUGGAGUGUGGGGCACUACACAUACCCGUAACUUGUUGUUGGCCAAUCGUAUGUAAUCAAAGCUGCAAUAGGCUACAGUCAUAGAGCCUCUGUGUGUGGCAAAAGUUAGGAGAUAUCUAAUCAAUGGAAGAUGGAAUUAAAAUGACGGCAUUAAAAGUUAAAGGAGAAGGAUAGGCUACAACGACCAAGAGCCAACAGGUAGGCUGCUACUUAAAGGAAAGGUUCACCCAUUUUGAAUGUUAUAUUGUUAUUGUGCAUCUCUAAGUGAUGUUCUACCGAUUCCCUGGCUGAUUUCAAGUUUUCAUGUGUAUCUGAGUUAUUGGCGUUCAAGCAGGCAGAAAUCCGGCUGGUAUGAUGUAGCACUGUGAUAAAAUCGGUCUCACUACACUGGAAGUUAAUAGGAAUAUUACUUUUAGAUUGCGAAAACGUCUUAUCAUACAUGUCAGAUUUCAAUACUGGCUGAUGUCAGAACUCGGAAUCAUAUUUUUGAGAUAUUCCUACCUCGAGACAUUUUUAAUUUAAUGGAGGGUCUAGCACAUUUUUCCUGUUUGUCUACUUCUUUAGUCCAGGGUGCAUUGCAUGGUACCAUUGCCAGAUAUAUUAUAGAAAGGAGAUAGGAAUCCAAUGAAUGAAUGAAUGAAAAACGUAUAACGCCCCACCCAGCAGACUGUUGACCAAUCGCGUUCACGUUGUCAUGCUGCGUCACAUGGUGGCUAAGAUAGUCACACAAUCCCUUCUCAGUCAGUGUAUUUGUCAAGAAACGUGCCUAUUUUCCUCGAAAGUACGCAAUGUCAAGAUUCCAAAGCUAUUUGAUAUUACAGAUGGCAAGUUAAUUAUCUCACUUCUCUGAAAAGAUUUGUAAUGUUGUACUUCUUGUUGACGAAAUUCGUGCUAAUGUUGGGUUUUUGAGCUAGCGCCUAAUAGACUCCCAUUCACUCCUUGAAGGAGAGCGCUCCUUGUCCCAGAAUCGCCCAGAAUGCACCGCACGUUCCAUUGACGUAGCACGGGCAAUGUUUCCCAUCUCCUCAAAAGUAUACCUGCCAUUGCGAAUGUGACUCCACUCUGUGAGACACAUUGAUCUGCAGGUUGAACGUGGUGAAAGAGCUGUAUAUCGCCUAAACAAACUGCACUAACUAGCUACUUUACAUGCUAAUAUUGUCUUUGGUAGUGUGUGUAGCUAUGUUUGCUAGCUAGCUACCUAGCUAACUAGAUAGCCAGCCCAUAGAGAUAGCAUUGCAUUGUGGAUUUUGUAGUCGACUUGAGCUACAACAGAUUUUCACAAUGAUUUUCCAUGUUGCUACCAACCUUAUUAUAAUGCCAAAAUGAAACAUUUGUUCACAAAAAAUAUUGUUCUCACAUAUUAGUGUUAUUUAUCACUGUAAGAUAAAGUAAUGAGUGGUUUUGGGUGGAUUUCUCCUAUAAAGAUGCACUAUUCAGAAAUCUCUCCACCAUUUCCUGGUUGUUAAAAUUAUAAUAGUUUGCUUAAUUUCAGUUCGUGACCAAGCAAGUAUAUUGUAGAAAAUGAUUGUACCAUCUAAACCGCUGUGAAAUAUAUUUUCCAUAACCAAAAAUAUCGUAUUUUCAGCUGUUUGAAGCUGGUGUACAAAACCAAAAGUAAAAGACGCAAAAAUGAAACUUAAGAACGGGAAGCAUAGAAAUAACGCACCUAGAAUGGCCAUAAUCUGUGUUGUUUCUAACUGAAACAUAUUGUAAACUGUAGCCAUUUUCCCCCUCAAACUCGUUCGCAUAACAGCUAGCUAGCCAUCGGCAGCUCCUGCCAGUAAUGUGAAGCUAGCUAGUUCAAAUUAGGUCACGUGUUCAAAAGCCUAAUUUUCUAAAUAAAAGUCCUCCUGACUUUUACUUGACAUGGUUUUCGGAAGAAGAAAAAAAUACACAAUGAUACUUUGAACUUACUUAAACAUUCAUUUAUUGAAAAUGCAAACAAUACAUUAUGGAAAUCAAUUAACAAAGGGGGAUCGAAGUUAGCUUUAAAUAAAGCAUUUGACUGUAUUAUUAGAUUUUUUAAAAUAUAUUGGUGAUGCUUUUCAUUAUAAUACCCUGUGAAAAACAACAAUAACACAAUACCAACACUGUUGCUGGAAGUUUUCGAUGGUUUUUAACUACUGUCAACUCUUAACAAAACCAGGAUUUUAUGUAUUGAAGAGAAAAUGUAUAUCCACAUGUUAGCUUCUGUACCAUUUUAAACUGUAGAAGUUGUCAAAGUGAAAAGGGGGUGUUUCAGAAUCCUCAGACCCUCUACUAAUAGGAUCCAGUGUCAUACCAUGAAAGUUUGCGUCAUUGGGGCGUUUCUAUGGGGUACAGCCACUGUUACCUGAAUCUAGACAAAUGCAGGAUGAUGGUCAAGCUAAAACAAAAGAUUCUGAAUCAAUGGUCUUGGAAACCAUUACAAUGGAGGAAGUUGAUUUUCAGCCCAUCAAAGUGGAAUCAAUUUUUUAAAAAUAAGAAGAAACCUAGAAAAUGAUUAUGAUGUAGAACAUUCUGUCAAUAACACCCACUACAUGACCAAAAUGAUGUGGACACCUGCUAAUCAAACAUCUCAUUCCAAAAGCAUAGGCAUUAAUAUGGAGUUGGUCCCCCCUUUGCUGCUAUGACGGCCUCCACUCUUUUGGGAUGGCUUUCCACUAGAUGUUGGAACAUUGCUGCGGGGACUUGCUUCCAUUCAGCCACAAGAGCAUUAGUGAGGUCCGGCACUGAUGUUGGGCGAUUAGGCCUGGCUCGCAGACGGCGUUCCAAUUCAUCCCAAAGGUGUUCGAUAGGUUUGAGGUCAGGGCUGUGUGCAGGCCAGUCAAGUUCUUCCACACCUAUCUUGACAAACCAUUUCUGUAUGGACCUCGCUUUGUGCACAUUGUCAGGCUGAAACAGGAAGGGCCUUCCCCAAACUGAUGCCACAAAGUUGGAAGCACAGAAUCGUCUAUAAUGUCAUUGUAUGCUGUAGCGUUAGGAUUUCCCUUCACUCGAACUAAGGGGCCUCACCCGAACCAUGAAAAUCAGCCCCAGGCCAUUAUUCCUCCUCCACCAAACUUUACAGUUGGCACUAUGUGUUGGGGCAGGUAGCGUUCUCCUGGCAUCCGCCAAAGCCAGAUUCGUCCAUCGGACUGCCAGAUGGUGAUGCGUGAAUCAUCAUUCCAGAGAUGCAUUUCCACUGCUCCAGAGUCCAAUGGUGGCGAGCUUUACACCACUCAAGCCGACGCUUGGCAUUGCGUAUGGUGAAAGUCACUGAGCUCUUCAGUAAGGCCAUUCUACUGCCAAUGACUGUCUAUGGAGAUUGCAUGGCUGUAUGCUCGAUUUUAUACACCUGUCAGCAACGGGUGUGGCUGAAAAAGCCAAAUCCACUAAUUUGAAGGGUUGUCCACAUACUUUUGUGUGUGUAUAUAUAUAUAUAGUGUAGCUCAGAUAAAGAGGAUGGAAGUGUCAGGUCAUCAGUAAAUGUUGAGCUGAAACAAAUGCAACGUUCUAAAUCAAUUAACUUUGAAACCAUGAUGUCUAUCAAAAUUGCUUCAUGGAAAUUGUAUAAAACAUUCUCUCUGGUAAAGCAACAUUUUCAGCAUCACUCCCAGAUAAUUCAAAUUUUACAAUAACUGAAUACAUGAUGGCCUAAAUUAUACCAUCAUAAAAAAGGAAGACACUAGGGCGGCAGGUAGCCUAGCGGUUAAGAGCAUUGGGCCAGUAAGUGAAAGGUUGCUGGUUCGAAUCCACGAACCGACUGCGUGAAAAAUCUGUCGGUGUCCUUGAGUAAUGUUGCUGGAAGUUUUAAUGGUUUUUAACUACUGUCAACUCUUAACAAAACUGGAUUUUAACAUGUUUUGAAGAGAAUGUUCAUGUCUACAUGUUUGCAUCUGUACUGUUUUAAACUACAGAAGUUGUCAAAGUGAAAGGGGGGUGUUACAGCCACUGUCGCCUGUUACCUGAAUCUAGACGAAUACAAGAUGAUGGUCAAGCUAAAACAAAAGAUUCUGAAUCAAUGGUCUUGGAAACCAUGUUGAUGGAGGAAAUAUAUAUUUUUGUCUAUCAAAGUGGAAUCAAUUGAUGAAAACAAGAUCAUUAUGGAACAUCAAACAAUUCACUUAGAUACAGAUCAUGGUGUUGACCAUCAUGAAAACUGAAACUAGUCCCUUAGAUACAGAUCAUGGUGUUGACCAUCAUGAAAACUGAAACUAGUCACUUAGAUACAGAUCAUGGUGUUGACCAUCAUGAAAACUGAAACUAGUCCCUUAGAUACAGAUCAUGGUGUUGACCAUCAUGAAAACUGAAACUAGUCCCUUAGAUACAGAUCAUGGUGUUGACCAUCAUGAAAACUGAAACGAGUCACUUACGAUUCCCCACAUGGCAGUUUCUUGUCAUUGUUGGUAAUUAUCUGGCCAUCCAGAAUCACAACAACUCAGACGUCUGCCCCAUUGAAGCAUGUGCAUCGUUUUCGUGACGACGUCAGCUAACCCAUCUAUAGCGCGAAUCAGCUUGGUUGGUUGCUGUCUCUCCCUCCCUGCAUCACUUGCUCACAGUAAGGCCCCUCCCCUGCUUGCUAGAGAGGCACCUCUCUCCCUACUCUUGCGCAGCCCCGGUUAAUAAAGUAGCUUAAAUUACUUUUAUGCUGAUACGCUCACUCGGAUCGGACCGUGUUUGGAUCCUACCAGUCUAUACGGAACAGGUCUCUCUAUAUUAAAAUGUUGUAUUUAUGCAUAUCGGGUCCGGGUGGGUCCAUUUCGGAGCAUUUGCCAAGCUGCUGAAAUUGCGCGCUUCCCGACUUUAGGCUAUGCGCUUGUGAUUUUAAAACAAUCCACAGCAAAACAAUUUUAAAAAGCUAAUGAUCCUCUGUGGCUAAAUCAUGCUCUCUGGUGUAGUAUUUCGAAGGAUUUGAUUUAUUUCUGUAUAGACCGGAGUAAUUAUAUAAUUUCUGCAAAUUUAAUUCAAUUGACUUAUGGGGAAGCUUAGCUAGCCUAUUGGAUGCGCUGCCUAUAGGGAAGGGACUACCUGGAUGCUUGUUUUCACUUUCCUUUGCAACACAUUUUGCUACGGUGUGCACUAAUGAAACCUGCUUAAUUUAUAGUUUUAUAAUGUGUAUAUACUCAUUCCUUUUCUCUUUAGAUCCUGUAAAGGUUUGCAGUAAACCCACAGAGACGUCUUCAUUGGAGAAUGACUCCUCUCUGGGAGACACAGAUGGACUGAAUACAGACCCCUCCCCAAGAGACACCGAAUCCAACGUUGAGCAUAUGAGAGCUGCUCUGCCAGAGGGCAACGAGAGAGACGGCCAUGAAAGCCAGAAAAACAGCCAUACUACUAGAGGGACACGAUCCAAAGAAACCAAACGCUUCAAGUGUGAUGUUUGUGAGAAGACCUUCAGCCGGAACAACCUGCUGGUACAACACAAGCUAACUCACACAAGACCCUUCAAGUGUGAUGUUUGUGAAAAGACCUUCAGCAGGAAGGGGUCACUGGAAGCUCACAAGCUAAUUCACACACUGGUACAUCACAUGCUAAUUCACACAGAAGAGAGGCCAUUCGCUUGUGGUCAAUGUGGCAAAACAUUCAGAAUUUCCAAGCAGCUCGAACAUCACAUGUUGCGUCACAGAGAAAGAACGUUCAGUUGCAAAGUCUGUGGAAAUACAUUCUCUACCAAGAAAGAUCUGAAAAAACAUCAGCUUGUUCAUGCGGUGGAGAGACCGUUCAAGUGCCUGACUUGUGAAAAGGUUUUCACAUCAAGGAAACUGCUUAUCGAGCACGAGAGAAUCCACACCGGUGAAAAACCAUACAGCUGUGCUGUAUGUGGGAAGAGUUACAGACAGCAUGGUGGCCUAAAUAUUCAUAUGCGAACACAUACAGGUGUACGUCCGCACUCAUGUUCUGAGUGUGGUAAGAGCUUUGUGACAAGCAGCAGCCUCAAAAACCACAUGGUUGUUCACACAGGGGAGAAGGCAUUUAAAUGUGAGACAUGUGGAGCUGCUUUCGGCCAUAAAGCAAACCUUCAGAGACACCAAGUUCUUCACACAGGAGAGAGACCGUACAAAUGUAAAGUGUGUGGGAAAAGCUACCUUCAGUCCACCGACCUAAAAGCUCACAUGCACCAUCAUGGGGCAACCAAACCAUUUAUGUGUGACCUAUGUGGGAAGACUUUUAUGUACAAUUUUCAAAUGAGACGACACCAUCUAAAAUGGCACACAGUUGAAGGAGAGAAGCAGAGGGAACGACAGAGAAGAGAGAGAACGAGAGAGAGAACCGCCAGAAGAGAGGGAACCUCAACAAAGCCAUUUAGUUGCAACAUAUGUUUGAAUGGCUUCAGCUCCAUGCUAACUCUGAAAAACCAUCAACGAAGUCACACAGGACAAAAGCAAUACUGUUGUUCCAUUUGCGGAAAAAACUUUUCCUAUAAAAAUACUUUGGACUAUCACAUGAGACUUCACAGUGGAGUGAAGCCCUACGCUUGUAAAUACUGUGAAAAGACAUUUGUUCUUAAGCAAGCUCUUGAAGGACAUGAGCGGACCCAUACAGGUGAAAAGCCCUUCAAAUGCAGUUAUUGUGAUAAGACUUUCUCAGUCAACACCAAUCUCAAAAGGCAUGAGCGAGUCCACACAGGAGAGAAGCCAUUCAAAUGUGAUGUCUGCGGGAGAGGUUUCAGCCAAGCCAACAAUGUCAAAGCCCACAUGCAAGUCCACACUGGAGUGAGGCCUUACUAUUGCAAGAGAUGUGGAAAGGGCUUUUCUGACAUAAGACACUACAAAAACCAUAGCUGUAAUGGUGUGGCAGCGACACGCGAUCAGUCCCGUAAAUCUUCUGACCGCACUUUCAGAAAUAAGAAAGGAGGUAGAGACAGGAGUGCUUGCCAUAAUGCUGCUGUUAUGUAG